ACAUGGCACAAAAGCAUAGCAGUCAUUUGCAUGUUUUAAUUAACAGUGCUCUGAACAAAGGGUUCUGCAGACUGGGAACGGUGCAGACUGGAAAUGCUGUGAAUUGGUUUCUCUUGCCAUUUCUUAUCCCUGCAACAAACCCAAGCCCGGUCAUCCCUGUGCCCUGCACCAGUGGAUUCCAGUGUAUCCUGGUGCCAGAAAUGGGCACAUUCCCACCUGGCAGGUUGAAUCAGUAAGUCAGUGCAGGCCUGGCACAAGAGGGAGGGUUUGGGAUUUAGGUUGUUUUUUAUUAGGGGGUAAAGACCGUAAUUAAAGGAGAAGGUCACACUGAUUAGUUGCAAGAGUGGGGAUUUUAAAUAUAGACACAGGUUGGAUUCCUUCCCCACCAAAUGAAGAAGAAUAAACCUUAUGUAUAUAUAUAUAUAUAUAAAGUAUAUAUUACAUAUGUAUUUAUAUAAACUAUACUUCAAAUAUAUCUAGUCCAUGGAGAGGGUGGGGAGAUCUGCCAGGAACUGCCCUGGUGCAGAAAUUAGAUAUAAUUAAAGCUCCCUUCUGGCUCCAAAAACCCAACCUCUGCUUUGUUUUCCCUGUUCUGCAGAGCGCAGAGGCCUCGGGCCCCAACCCGCCCAUCCCAGUUCCCGGGGCAGGGCUUGGCUGGGCUUUGGGAACUCGCCUGGUUGGCGUUUGGGCUUUGCUUUGGUUUAAGCUGAGCUUUCCUCGGCCCGGGCACAAACCGCGGCGUAAAGGGCGGAUGUUGCUUUGUGGGGGAGAUAAAGUCCCAUCCGGGGAGCUGCGGCCGCUGUCCCGCCCCCUGGAAAGGUGCCCUCCCUUCAGGAAAACAACUUUUUUUUUCCUCCCCCGACAUGCUCAGGUGGCCUUUGGACUGCGGGUGGCACAAACGAGCCGGUGGUUUGUGUGGCUUUUCCCUUUGCUCCACCCAUACCCUGCGAAUCCCUCCAUGGGGGAAUCAGCUUUGUCCAAGCAUUACAGUUCAACAGCAAGUGCCUGGCAGGUGGUCCAGGGAGUCAGAGAGGAGGGUGAUCACUCUGGGGAAGGCAUUUGGUCAGAGCAUCCCAUAGGAACACGUUGCAUCUGCCAGAGGAAGGUGAUUUCAAGGCUGCUCUUACUCACUUGUGGCUUUACCAGAACAGCUGCUGGGAUUCCACCUUGGAAAAUAAAACACUUCCUAAUAAACAGUGAUUCACGUUGCCUGGAGUUAAAAUUAAGGUCCUGUUGGCUGCCUCUCUCCCACAUGGGAAUCCGGGGGCAGAUCCCAGGGGUGCCAUGAGUUUCUCCAUCUCUUGCCCUGAUCCUAUUCCCUGCCUUCCACUGGAUUUGCUCCUGUGCAGCCUCAUCCUGCACACAGAGCUCUAGUUCUGCCUGCAUUGCUCCUCUCCAGGUUUAUUAGAAUAAAAUAGGUGGUUUGUCCCUUCCUUGCUUUCACUGGGAAUUUUUUCCGGUGCCUACAGAGCUUGCACAAGCCCUGGCCCCUCUCAUGCUGCUCAGCUUCCAUCUGAGCCUCCGUUUUCGUCAGCACAGGAGUCCUGGCCCCAGCCCCUUCCUGGCACUGGGAGGUGCUGGAUGCAGCCCCAGUUCCCGGCACCGGCUCCGGAGCAGCAGCUCCUCAGGAAGGAACUGGGGUGGGGACAGCAGUGCUGGGGGACAGGUCCCCGCUCAUCCAGGGGGUCCCGGACUGAAUGCCAUGACUUUGUCCCUGCUGGAGCCUCCCCGGUCCCUGCGAUCAGCCCGGGCCGGGCUGUGCCCCAGCGCUCCAUCCACACUGGCUGCCAGAGGGAUGGGGGGAGCUGGUGGAUCCCUAGGGAGAACUGGAGGCUUCUCUGACCCCACUCCGAGGGGCUGGGAGCCCAGCUCGAGAUGCAGCACAUCCUUCCCUCCUCCUGCUCCGAUGCCACGUUCGCAGCCCCCCAGGCGGGAGCCGGGGCUGGAGGGGGCCGGGGCUGUCCCUGUGGGAGCGCUCGGCCCUGGGGAAGGGAAGAGGGCAGUGGUAAAAAUAACCCCUGGGCCAGCUCCAGCCCAUUGUGGCUUCCUGCGAUUUACAGCCCUUCCCGGGGGGAAGAGGCAGGAACCGGCCAGCUCGGGGCUGGAUUUGACCCUUUCACCACCACCGGAGAAGGUGCCAGGAGGAUCUUUUCUCCCUCUUUCUCCGUCGCCGUCCAGGGCAGGAUCCUGGGGAGGGAACUGUGGUGGGCUCCUUCUCCUGAGCUGCCCCAGCAUCUUGGGAUGGGUGUAGGAGAAGCUGCCGGAGUGGACAUGGUUUCUCUCUCCCCUUCCUGACCCCCCGCGUGCGGGGGGGACAGAGAGACUCGGUGCUGCCUGGGAGGAGUCAGAGAUCUCCGUUGCAGAUCCCGAAAUCCCGGCCAGGUUCCCGUAAGGAGGUGGAAGGAGGAGGGGAGCUGGCAGAGGGUGGAAUCCAGGAGCCGAGCGAAGCUUCCAGAGCCUCCCCAGCUGCAGCACCGAAGCUCCCACAACCACUCGGGGGGCAAACAGAGCGACCAGCAGUGACAUUUCUGGGCGAUGGUGCCCUUGGGCAGCCCCACUCUUGCCGUCUGUGCCUCCAGCAACCUGCGCCUCGUGGCCCCCGGCCGUGGCUCCCCCCUGGCCUGGCUGAGCCGGGGUCCCGAGUGCCCGGGGGAGCCGGGGGGCAGCGGGGGCCGGAGACCCAGCGCCGUGGAGCGGCUGGAGGCCGACAAGGCCAAAUACGUCAAGUCCCAGCAAGUCAUCAGCCGGCGGCAGGAGCCGGCGCUGCGGGGCUCGCCCCGGCUGUCCCCGCUCGGCCGGCGCCUCCUCGCCCGCCAGCAGUGCAAUGAGCUGUGCCAGGGCUCGGAGCUGGGCCGGGAGGGGCCCAGGAAGCUGCCGUGCCCCCCGUCCCCCGUGUCGCGCCGCAGCGGCAGCAGGCGCCUGCUGAGACCCGACUCCCUCAUCAUCUACCGGCAGAAACGGGAUUGCCUGGGCGGGGACAAGGAGAACGCCAAGGGCUCCGGGCUGGUGCGACGCCUCUUCCAGGGACCCCUCAGGGACAAGCCCCCCAGCUCCCCGCCAGCCAGGGGGCUGGGCGAGGGACCAUCACCCCCGCAGAGCCCCGAGACCCCCAUGCUGUGGGCGCCUGUGGAGAAGGAGGAGGCGAGGACACCGGGUGCCAACAGCAGCAGCAGCAGCGGCAGCGGUGGCACCUUCCCCGUGCCCGGCAGCCCCCCGGCAGAGCCCCCGCAGCCCCCCGGGAAGCAGGCGCUGGCCCUGCGUGUGUCGCUGCCGCUCUCGGAGAAGGAGCGGUUCUUCAACUACUGCGGGCUGGACCGGGCGCUGGUGGAGCUGCUGGGGCGGGAGCGGUUCGGGCCGGCGGGCUGGGACAGCGGCUCGGCUCGGCUCCUCGGCUCCUGCGAGUCGGAGCCUGGGCAGGCCUCGGGGGGCAGCGAGGGGGGCGCGGGGCCGGGCGAGGAGGAGCCGGAGGAUGCCCGGCUGGGCUCCGCCGUCUCGGUGGUGGAGCGCAACGCCCGUGUCAUCAAGUGGCUCUACGGCUGCCAGAGGGCCUGGGCGGCCGCCAAGGAGUCCACGGUCUAAGCAGAGACAGCCCGGCCGGGAUGAGGACCCCCCCACUGUGGCUCCUGCUGGCUGGACAUAUCCCCUCGCCCUUGCUGGAUGUGGCCAAAGGGCUGGUGGCAUCCACAGUCCUGGUGGGCUGGGAAUGCUGCAGGCUGGGAAGGCCACCAGGACUACCCCAGACCCCAGGCUGAGCGUGGUGGGGGCACCUGAGGGGCAGGUGGGGAAGGGGCUCCCCUGGGGUUGGAGGGCUGCCGUUCUCCUGCUGUCCCCCAUCUUCUCCAUCCUCUUUGUCCCCCCAGCCCGGGGUGGUGGGAUGGUCCUGCAGCCCCCACUGACCACCCACACCCUGCUCCAACUGCAGGCUGGGGAUGUGGGCAGAGCCCAAGCCCCUCAUCGCAGGCAGUGCACACACCACACCCCCUCCUACCCAGAAGAGGGGCUGGUGGGGCCAGAACAGCGGUCAAUAAAGCUGUUUGGGUUUUUUUUCUA